UUACCCAAAUUAUUCGGAUCUAAUGCCGAAAAGCCCAAUACCCAUUUCUACGCUAUGCCCAUGUGACAAAACCACCAGCCCACUUCUCUGGCGUGAUCCCAUUUCUGCAAGGUCUCUGACUCUCUCUACCAAAUUCUCAACUUGGGAUCCCCCAAGGUUUUGGACUCUUGUAUACAUGGUUUCUGGAUUCAUGGUUCAAACAUAAAUUGAACUGUAUCAAGAAAGUGGAACAAAUAUGGGGCAUCUAAAUCCACAGUUUGGAACCAAUUCAUUUAACGGUGAAAGGAAGGAGUCUCCUGCUAAGCCUUCCAGGGGCGCUUUAGCAUGUAUAAUUAAUUCUGAAAUAGGUGCUGUUUUGGCUGUGAUGAGGAGAAAUGUACGGUGGGGAGUUCGCUAUGUGGCAGAUGAUGAUAACCUAGAGCACCCUCUCAUCCAUUCAUUGAAAGAAUUACGAAAGCAAAUAUUUUCUUGGCAACAUCUGUGGAAUAAUAUCGAUCCAUUCCUGUACCUCCAGCCGUUUUUGGAUGUCAUACGAUCUGAUGAAACUGGUGCACCAAUCACUGGAGUUGCAUUGUCAUCUGUUUACAAGAUAUUAAGCCUUGAAAUACUUGGUCUUGAUACUGUGAAUGUCGGAGAAGCUAUGCAUUUGAUAGUUGAUGCUGUGACAAGUUGCCGGUUCGAGGUCACUGAUCCUGCCUCUGAAGAAGUGGUGCUGAUGAAGAUACUUCAGGUUCUUCUAGCUUGCAUGAAGAGUACAGCAUCAGUUUGGUUGAGUAACCAGCAUGUGUGCAAUAUCAUAAAUACAUGCUUUCGAGUAGUUCAUCAGGCUAGUUCCAAAGGUGAAUUGUUGCAGCGGAUAGCACGCCAUACUAUGCAUGAAUUGGUUAGAUGUAUUUUUUCUCACUUGCCUGAUAUAGAAAAAACAGAACAUGCAUUGGCUAAUGGAAGCAGGUCGUGUGUCCAUGAAGAGGUGGGUUCACCAGGGAAGGGUCAUACAUCUGAAAGUGAACAGCUAGAAAAUGGCAAUGGUGGAAUUGAAUAUGGUGGUCAAUCAACUGCAUAUGCUUCUACAGCUCCCAUGAGUACAUCAGCCAGUGGGAUGAGCGAUGGUGGGACAAAUGAGAACAUAACUGAGUGUAGUAAUAGAAUGGAGCCUACUAAAAAUGAUGAGAAACAUAUGAUGGAUCCAUUUGGGAUCCCAUGCAUGUUGGAGAUAUUUCAUUUCUUGUGUUCCUUGUUGAAUGUCAUUGAGCACAUUGAAUUUGGUCCUAAAUCAAAUCCUAUAGCUUAUGAUGAAGAUGUGCCCUUAUUUGCAUUGGGAUUGAUUAACUCAGCUAUUGAGUUGGGAGGGCCCUAUAUAAGUAAACACCCCCAGUUACUGGCUGUUGUUCAAGAUGAAUUGUUUCAUAACCUUAUGCAAUUUGGUUUGUCGAGGAGUCCAUUGAUUCUCUCAACAGUAUGUAGCAUUGUUCUUAAUCUCUAUCAUCAUUUGCGAACUGAGCUCAAAGUGCAGCUCGAAGCUUUCUUGUCGUGUGUGCUUUUGAGGCUUGCACAAAGCAAGCAUGGUUCUUCGUACCAACAGCAGGAGGUUGCUAUGGAGGCUCUGGUUGAUCUCUGCAGACAGCAGACAUUUAUGGCUGAGAUGUAUGCAAACUUUGAUUGUGACAUAACCUGCAGUAAUGUGUUCGAAGAUCUUGCUAACCUGUUAUCAAAAAGCGCAUUUCCUGUGAAUGGACCAUUAUCUGCAAUGCACAUUCUUGCCCUCGAUGGUUUGAUAUGCAUGGUUCACGGUAUGGCUGAGAGACUAGGCAAUGAACCGCCUUCUUUAAAGGCUUCAUUUGAUGAUGAGGGUUAUGAAGCAUUCUGGACAAUGACAUGCGAGAACUAUAGCGACCCUAAUUUUUGGGUUCCAUAUGUCCGUAAGUUGAAGUACUUAAAGAGAAAUUUGAUGGUUGGAGCUGACUACUUCAACAGGGAUCCUAAGAAAGGUCUAGAGUUUCUUCAAGGAAUGCAUUUGUUGCCUGACAAACUUGACCCUAAAAGUGUGGCAUGCUUUUUAAGAUACACCACUGGGCUAGAUAAGAAUGUUGUUGGGGAUUUUCUGGGGAAUCAUGAUGAAUUUUGUGUUCAGGUGCUUCAAGAGUUUGCUUGGACAUUUGAUUUCCAAGACAUGAAUUUAGAUACUGCAUUGCGUCUUUUCUUAGGAACUUUUAGAUUGCCUGGUGAAUCACAAAAAAUACAGAGGGUGCUUGAGGCAUUUGCAGAAAGAUAUUAUGAGCAGUCACCACAUAUAUUAAUCAACAAAGAUGCUGCUCUCGUGUUGUCAUAUUCACUUAUAAUGCUUAACACAGAUCAGCACAAUGCACAGGUAAAGAAAAAGAUGACUGAAGAAGACUUUAUCCGUAACAAUAGGAGAAUCAAUGGAGGGAAAGAUCUUCCUCGUGAGUUCCUGUCAGAGCUUUACCACUCAAUCUCUGAGAAUGAAAUCCAGAUGAUCCCAGACCAAAGUGCUGGGUUUCCAGUGAUGGCAUCGAGUUGUUGGAUUAAUGUGAUGCACAAAUCCAAAAAAACCUCUCCUUUCAUUGUCUGUGAUUCGAGAGAGCCCCUCACCUAUGAUAUGUUUGCCAUCCUGUCAGGUCCGACAAUUGCUGCCAUGUCAGUUAUUUUUGAUCAGGUGGAGCGGGAAGAUGUUUUACAAACAUGCAUUGAUGGAUUCUUGUCUGUAGCCAAAAUAGCAGCAUGCUAUCACCUUGAUGAUGUGUUGGAUGAUUUGGUUGUCUCUCUCUGUAAAUUUACAACCCUCUUGACUCCAUUAUCCAUUGAGGAAGCUAUAGUUUCUUUUGGAGAUAACUCUAAGGCCAGGAUGGCAACCACAGCAGUUUUCACUAUAGCAAAUAGGUAUGGUGAUUAUAUUCAUUCUGGCUGGAAGAACAUACUGGACUGUGUGUUAAGCUUGUACAAUCUUGGCCUUCUACCAGCUAAUCUGGCUAGUGAUGCAGAGUAUGAGACGGACGCCCCUUCUGAUCCAGAUCGGGCGAAACCUGCUACUACUUUGUCAGCAUCACACAUGCCGUCUUUGGCCCCUUCUCGUAAAUCAUCUGGUCUGAUGGGCAGGUUCAGCCAGCUCUUAUCUUUUGAUAUGGAGGAGCCAAGGUCACAACCAACAGAAGAACAGCUUGCAGCUCAGCAGCACACUCGUGAAACAAUACAGAAGUGCCACAUCGAUAGCAUUUUUACAGAGAGUAAGUUUCUCCAAGCUGAGUCUUUAUUACAGCUCGUGAAGGCCCUUAUCUUGGCUGCAGGCCGACUCCGUAAGGUAACUGGAUCCAUUGAAGAUGAAGACACUGCUGUAUUCAGCCUGGAGUUGCUGAUCACAAUUACAUUGAACAACCGAGACAGGAUAAUGCUUAUUUGGCAAGGUGUUUAUGAGCACAUAUCUGAUAUUGUUCAGUCAACUAUUCUGCCUUGCACUCUGGUGGAAAAGGCUGUAUUUGGGCUCCUUAAGAUAUGCCAGAGACUGCUUCCCUAUAAGGAAAACCUGACCGAUGAACUCCUCAGGUCACUACAACUGGUUUUAAAACUUGACGCUCGGGUUGCUGAUGCUUAUUGUGAACACAUCACACAAGAAGUUCUGCGCCUUGUAAAAUCAAAUGCAACUCAUAUCAGAUCCCAUUUGGGUUGGCGGACAAUUAUUUCUUUACUAUCCAUCACAGCUCGGCAUCCUGAGGCAUCUGAAGUAGGGUUUGAGGCACUAGCAUUUAUUAUGUCUGAUGGGGCACACCUGUUGCCAUCUAAUUAUGCUCUUUGUGUGGAUGCUGCAAGGCAAUUUGCUGAGUCUCGGGUUGGUGAGAUUGAUCGAUCAGUUUCUGCCUUAGAUCUGAUGGCAGGUUCAGUCGUUUGUCUGGUAACCUGGUCUUCUGAGAGUAAAAAUUCUGUGGAUGAGGAGGCUUCAAUGAAAGUCAAUCAAGAUAUUGGGGAGAUGUGGCUGAGGCUGGUCCAGGGUUUGAGGAAAGUGUGUUUGGACCAGAGAGAAGAAGUGAGGAACCAUGCCAUUUUAAUGUUGCAGAGGUCUUUGACAGGAGUAGAUGGGAUUCACCUUCCGAAUACCUUGUGGUUGCAGUGUUUUGACUUGGUGAUCUUCGUGUUGCUUGAUGAUUUACUGGAAAUUGUGCUUGGGCAAUCUCCAAAGGACUACCGGAAUAUGGAGGGGACACUUGGCCUAGCUGUGAAACUCAUGUCAAAAGUGUUCCUGCAUUUACUGUUGGAUCUUUGGCGGUUACCUUCCUUCUGCAAACUAUGGCUAGGGGUUCUUAAUCGAAUGGAGAAAUAUAUGAACAUGAAACUCAGGGGUAGACGUAGUGAGAAGAUUCAUGAAUUGAUUCCUGAGCUCCUCAAGAACACUCUACUUGUGAUGAAGACGACAGGAUUACUCACACCCAGUGAUGCUAUUGGUGGGGAUAGUUUUUGGCAAUUAACAUGGUUGCAUGUGAAGAAUAUAUCUCCUUCUUUGCAAUUGGAAGUGUUUCCUGCACAUGAAUUGGAGCAGCUGCAGACAAAGCAAGUAAAAGCAGCUGGAAUUCCUGCGCCUGAUGGGACUGUGCUUGUUCAGUCAAGUGAGACCACAGCAUGAAAGGAAUUUUAAAUUGGAGGAUUGCCGAUUAUACUGUGUUUUGGUAAAUUUUAGAUGGCCUGAAAAAUAUGCCUUAUUGGUUUGCCCAAAUACAGGUAUACCAGCUAUAACACAAAGGCUGUCAGUCAUCGAUCGAUGUUGAUAUUACAGUUGACAGCCUUCAGGGUUCACAAGAUCAAGAGUUUCUGGAGGAGAUGCACAAAUAAAUAAGAAACCCGACUUUGGAACCUGGUUUGACGCUUGAUCGUUCAAACAUCUUGCUUUGGCUAGGCUGUUACUUUACUUUUCCACUUGAUGAAUUAUUGUGCAGAAUGGCUCUGUUUGGGAGAGAGCGUGUAUAGUGCUCAUUUGCUAUAUACGAAGGGGUCUCUAAGUGGAUCUCUCACUUGAAUUU